CCUUUCUUUCUGUUAAUUACAAAGAGUGGAGUAUUUGCAUCAUUUUCAGGUGGUUCACCAUAUCCACAGAUGGAUGGCAGGAAAAUUGCCAAGCUACUUCAGCAGGACUACAGAAUGCCUAGACCACGGCACUUGGACGACAUAUUGUACCAGAUCAUGAAAAGAUGCUGGCAAAAUGAUCCGGAUGCUAGACCAACAUUUACUCAAUUGAGAAACCAGCUUAAGGAGAUGGAAACCCAACACAGGAGGCUGAUCAACAUGAAAAUGUACGACAAGCAGUUGUAUGCAAACGUCGAGGACUUAAGCGUGUAGACAUUUACGAAGUCGUGAACUCCUCGCUUCUUGACGAAUGCAGAUUUUUUAUAGCAACCAUGAGUGGUAUCAUAUUCGCAAUUGGUUCGAAAUAUAAACUGGUUAGGAUGAGGCUGAUUGAAUUAAAGUCUCACCUAUGGAUCCAUCAGAUGAUAUGGCAAAGAAUCCAAUUCUGAUCGAACUCUUUCUAAACCUUCUUAAUGAUAACGGAGUCCCUCUCGAGCCAGAUUCCAAUCUUUUUAUUUAUCUACUUUUUUUGGUUAGUUCGUUUUUUGUGAAAGUUCGUGUCAAAGGAGAGGACUUUAAAAUAAAAAUAAAGACAGCAAAGCAUAUUC